AUGCGGUCUUCGAUUACUAUCAGUCUUCUCGCUCUCGCGCCGUACAUGGCUGAUGCGGCAAAGAGCACUACCAAAUACUCUACUGAAACUGUCUUUUUACCUCAGAGAAAGACAGGAAGUGCAACGAAUAUCUACGCCUCCCUUAUUACAGAAACUGGCUCAAAGACGGAAUAUCUUCUCGCUUGCCAGACAAACUUUGGCACUUCAUACUCCUGCGAUGGAGACUUUCACGGCAUUACUGUGACUUACGAAGAGUCAAGCAUGAAUCUUGCUGUCAGCUCAACAACAUAUGAUUGCUCCCUGGGCUCAGGCUCAGCUGUGUGCGCUACUAUUACCGCAACCCAGACUGCAUCCGUGCAGUCAAGAACAAUUCCUUCGUCGGAGAGUGAACUCUGGAUGACACCUAUCACUUUUGUUGAUCUCAAGAAGAGAAAGACCACGAGUACCAAAUCAACCGCUUCGAAAGCGACAGAGACAGCGAGCAACAAGCUUUGCAAGAGGAAGAUUCACCAUGGAAGUUCAGGGUCGGACUCUGGAGACAGUGGGAGCAGUGGGAGCAGUGGCUCUAGUGGCAGCAGUGGUGAUGACAGCAGUGGUUCUAGCAGCGGUUCCAAGAGCGAUUCUGGUUCUGCCGCCGAUGAUGAUGAUGAUAGUGAAAGUUCAUCCGCGAGCCCUACCAAAAAGAAGAAUCACGACGAUGAUGGAUGCUCAGCAGGGUCUAUUACUUCUUGGAGUUGGGGAGUUAUGGCUGUUGGAUUUGGUGGUUUCCUUGGUGUCAACAUGAUCAACGCUCAUACUCUCUUCAACACCGACUACUCGAUAACUAAAUAG